AUGAAAUCAGUGAUGGCCGAGUCAGAAUUGCCUGACCUCUUUCAUCUUUUGCGGGAAAAGUGCGCCAUUUCGUUAGCUAAGUCGGAUCUCACCGCUCCUGGGUGCUACAAGGUGGAGGCAGCAAUAAUGUAUAUGGGGAUCGAGUAUCUGGGAAGUAAUGACUCGAAAACAGCGUUGCAAACAGGAUUGCCCCGGGUAAUUUACCAAGGGCUUGGAGACUUCGCUCGCCCACGCAAUCUGCUGGAUGAGGAUCUGGAUCCCGCCAUGCCAAUCCUACCACCGUCACGACCAGAAAUGGAGACACCAAGCCGUAUCACGUACAUGUUGAUGCUGGACGAUAUGUUUUCUAUCGCCAAUAAGAUCACAGACAUCACUUCAAGGGGGACCAUCUCACCAGAGAGAACUCUCUAUCUAGACGAGGAAUUGAAAACCGCAAGAGGCCGUAUCCCCGGUUCACUGAGGAUGCCUCUUACAACAAAGGCCUCCGAAAGCCAGACUGACAACACGCUCAUGCAGCAUACUUUGGAGAUGAUCUAUCAGCGUUCUCGCUGCAUCUUACAUCGCCAGUACCUGGUGUCUCCGCGAAUAACGAAUGGCUACGAAGCCUUCCGUUGGGCGUGCGUCGACGCUGCCCGAUGCAUUCUUGAGCAUCAAUGCAAACUCCAAGACAUUCUGCGUCGUCCGUGCAACAGACAGCGGGCCUGGUUUGGAGCAUCUCACUCGGUUUCUGACUGCCUGACUGCUGCCAUGGUAAUAUGUCUGGACGUGCUUAAUGAAUCGAAGACCGCCCAGGCCUUCUCCGAAAGUACGCGGGCGGAGCUCAUCCAAUUGCUUAAUAAAACAUAUCUGAGUCUGAAAGACACGCCGCGGCGGUCAGUCGAGAUUGCAAAGGCAGCCGAGCGAGUUGCUUCCAUGUUAUAUGGGAUUGGCCACGCUGUGGCAGGUGAAGAUCUGCGCUCUUCCCAGCCUGCUGCAGCAGAGACUAGUGAGCUCUCCAGUUCCCAACUCGCAGAACACAUGGCAGCCACAGUGGAGGGGACUUCCUUUCCUUACACAACCUUCCAAGACUUUCUUAACGGUGAUAGUCCGCUCGAAAUGUUUGACUGGGAUCUUUGGGAUUGGGAGAUGCAACAAUUUAAUUGUCCACUUGUUGAGAACGUAUGA